UGACUUUGAUUGUAGAGAGUGGAUGUUCUGUCCAGCUCUGACAGCGACGACGGCGAUGAUGAAGAUCGCUUCUGCCUCCACCAUCUUUCUGCGCCGUCUUCAUCCCAACAGCUCUCAAAGCUCUGAAAGGACCAUGAUGAAGAUGGCUUCUCCCUCCACCAUGUUUCUUCUUCUGCUCUGCUGCUCCGUCUUCAUCCCAACAGCUUCUCAGAGCGACUGCGACAUGUACACCGCAGCAGGAAGAGACUUUGUUGUGCCUCUGAACUCCCAGACGAAGGACCCAUUGAGAUUGACAUGGAGUCGUGAUGAUUCGAUUAUCUUCAGGCGAAGACGGAAUGAUGUUCUCACAGGAAAAGCAGACGACGUUGAUGAGAAUGGAUCCCUGAGGCUGAAAAAUCUGACAGUCAGUCAGUCAGGAACCUACAAACCAGAGGUUGUCAGCAAAACUGGAAAAGUUGAGCAAAAUUUAAAGACAAUGCGAUUGUGUGUGAUUGCUCCUGUACCAAAGCCGGAAGUAAGCGUGAUGUGUGAAGGGUCAGAAGUCACUUUCACCUGCACGGUUCCAGAGAAAGACCUGCCACAAAAGAAAGAUAUGACUGUUGCAUGGUAUCAAAAUGACAAAGUUAUUGAUGAAAUGAAGGAUUGGCGUGUCACAUAUAAAGUGGAAACGGUGGAAAAAGAAGAUUUCAGUUGCAACAUUUCCAACCUGGUCUCCUAUGCGGUCAGUGAUCCUGUCCAACAAACCUGCUACAAGCACAUUGUGAUUGUUAAUGAAGACAACUUUGGAGAUUACAUAGAAUUGUUCUAUGGAGCUGUCACUGAAGAUCCCGAUAGAGAUAACACAGAAGAGUUGCUUGGUGAAGGGAAUGGCAUCAGCAGCAGCAUCUGGGUUUUCGUUAGCAGUGGAGUAGGUAUUGUUCUGGCGUUGUGGUGCUGAUCAUCAGAUCCAGCAGAUGGAGCACAACUCAAAGGGGACUCAUCAACAUCAUCAUCACCAUCAUCAUCAUUAUCAAAGAUUGUUGGCUGGAAACAUUGGACCCUGACCAAGUGGCUCCAGGCUGCACGUCCACUAGCAAUACUCUUGACACUCCAAACCCCUGAUUUCCAUCUGAUUCCUUGAUUAUUUUUUAUCUAAUAAAAUCCAGUAAUGUUUAGUGAGAAAGAGACCUAUUUUACAAUUGCCUUGCCUUUAUUUGUAGCAACUGUUUUUUUUUUUUCUUUUAAACUCAUUGUAACAAUUUGUAAUGGACUUUUUCCCAGCAUAAUUUUUUUUCCUGGUAAAUUCCUUCACCUUUAUCCUGGUACAUUUCUUUUUGUUACUUUGCUGUGUUUAUUUGCCUUUCUCUUGAAACCUCUUGGAUCAAUGCUUUUGUCCUAUGCAAGCCUUUUGUAUUCGGAAUAUUAUUAUUGCUCACAUGAAAUGAAAAGAAAAUGGUUUCGUGUCAAGCGUAUUCCCCUUUUUUCCAGCAAAACUUCAGCUUUCAUUCCUUGAAGUUCAUAAUGUGUAACUCUGUCAAAACAACUAUCCUGCUGAAAUCUCGUUGUAGCUAAUGCAACACCAGAAAAACAAAACCCCUUUUUGUCCACUGUCUGAUAGAGACCAGGCGCCAACCUCCGCUCAUAAAACAUGAAGAUAAUGCAUAAGUGCAAAAAAGCUGUAAUUCCGGAGAGAUUCCAGCAGGGGGCGAUGAUGCU